GCAGAGAAGCAUAGAAAAUCCGAAACGAAGGAGGUGGUGUCACGUUCGGAUCGAGCAAGGAAGCAAGCAGACAUGGGAGAGGUAAUAGAAACCCUACCGGCGCACCGUAGUUCCUUCGCAGCUCCAAUUGUAUUCAUCGUCGUCGUCGCUUUCCAAUUCCUCUCUAGGUGGCUGGAACAGUUAAAGAAAGGAGGAGUUAAGAAUGCCACGGCAAGCCGAUUGCGUGGAGAAAUUAAAGACCUCUUGAAGGAGGCAAGCUCCUUGUCCCAGCCGUCGACUUUUGCGCAAGCUGCGAAACUUCGGAGGAUGGCAGCUGCUAAGGAGAAAGAACUUGCAAAUUAUCAAGAAUUACACGGCAAGGAGAUAAAACUUUCAUAUGAUUUGUAUCUGAGAAUUUUGUUCAUCUUAAAGGUCUUGACAUAUAUUGUGCUGGUUUGCUGGUUUUGGAGGGUUCCUGUUGCCUCCAUAUCGCAACAACUUGUGCAACCCUUUGGGAAGCUGAUAUCAUGGAGGGCCGGAGGACUUGUAAACGAAAAUGUUAUGGUAGGAAUUAUUCCUUGGUUGAUAUUAUCUACCAGGGUUAGCAAGUUCGUAUGUCGACUUGCCAAGUUCUAGAGUUUAAAUUAUUUGUGUCCUGUCAAGUUUUUAUUGUACCAACGGAAACAUGAUUUUGUUCUGACAUUUACUCCACAAUGUCUAGUCAUGAACUUAAGAUUGUUACCUACUCAUUUAAUUUGAACCGGUAGUGUGCAUUA